GCAGCGCAAGUUGAUCAAGCAUCCAGGCCAAAGUUAUAAUCAACCAUGCUUCUCUCCAAGCUUCUACUGCUGCCCUUUGCAGUCGCAUCCACAGUCACUGUCUAUGUCCAAUCUGUUCCUGCCUCAGAUAACUCAAAAUCGCCCCUCCCAUCCUCCACCCCUCUCGCCCAGAUCGACUACGAUGAAAGCACGUCAACAGGCACUCUCGCAUCCUACACGGCUCCCGUAGGAGCAUACACCCCGGAUCAUCUCCUGCGCGUGGGACUCUCCGAUAUUAGCUCAGGUUCUUGGAGUGGUGUGGUCACUUCAGCAGCGAGCUUUGCGGAGCAAUACAAGAAGAAAUUCGUCAUUCACGUGGAUGAGAAGGGAACGCCGUACCAUGUUGGUUUUGGAACAAGCGCGAGAGGAAAGGGUAAAGAGAUUGAGAUCGAGAUCGUCAAGCGAGCCGCUGGUCCUGCUCCAGCACUGAACAAGCCAAUUGUAUUGAAUGCGGACGGUAAAAUUGGUGAGAAGGAACCAGAGAAGACGUUUUUGCAAAAGUACUGGUGGGUGGUUGGGCUUUUCGUCGUCGUUCAACUUGUCGCAGGUGGCGGAGAGGAGAAAUAAUCAGGAGGCUUUGAACGUACCCUCAUCGAGCAUCGUUUGU